ACCAGAAAGGUGGUUGGGGACAGAGACAGGAGAGGAUGCGAAAUGAGCGGGGAAUCGGAGAGAGAGCGAGUCAGACUGGAUAUCGCCUAUAAAUACUCAUUUCUGUCUUUCCAUCCCCUGUAUCUCUUCCUAUUUUUCUUCUUUGUCUCAAUCUCUCGCCUUCUUCCUCUUCUUCUUCACACCACAUUUGUCACAGAUGGACACCUUCCUUUUCACCUCAGAAUCAGUGAAUGAAGGCCACCCCGACAAGCUCUGCGACCAAGUCUCAGAUGCCAUCCUUGAUGCUUGCCUAGAACAAGAUCCAGAAAGCAAAGUUGCAUGCGAGACUUGUUCUAAAACUAACAUGGUCAUGGUCUUUGGUGAGAUCACGACCAAGGCUAAAGUAGACUACGAGAAAAUUGUUCGAGACACUUGCAGAGGCAUUGGGUUUGUUUCAGCUGACGUUGGUCUUGACGCUGAUAACUGCAAGGUCCUAGUCAACAUUGAGCAACAGAGCCCUGAUAUUGCUCAAGGAGUUCACGGCCACCUCUCCAAGAAGCCUGAGGAAAUCGGAGCUGGUGAUCAAGGCCACAUGUUUGGCUAUGCCACGGAUGAGACACCCGAGCUCAUGCCGCUAACUCAUGUCCUAGCCACUAAGCUCGGCGCCAAGCUCACUGAGGUGAGAAAGAAUAAAACAUGCCCUUGGCUGAGACCUGAUGGUAAGACCCAAGUGACUGUAGAGUACCGAAAUGAAGGUGGAGCGAUGGUUCCUAUUAGGGUCCACACUGUUCUCAUCUCAACCCAACAUGAUGAGACAGUCACGAACGAUCAGAUUGCCAAGGAGUUGAGAGAGCAUGUGAUCAAACCUGUUAUCCCAUCCAAGUUCAUGGAUGACAAGACCAUUUUCCAUCUCAACCCAUCUGGUCGGUUCGUCAUUGGGGGGCCUCACGGGGAUGCAGGACUCACUGGCCGGAAGAUCAUUAUUGACACCUACGGUGGGUGGGGUGCUCACGGUGGAGGUGCAUUCUCAGGUAAGGACCCAACUAAGGUGGACAGAAGCGGCGCCUAUAUUGUUAGGCAGGCUGCAAAGAGUGUGGUAGCUUCAGGGCUUGCUAGGCGCUGCCUUGUGCAGGUUUCUUAUGCAAUCGGUGUUCCGGAACCACUGUCAGUUUUUGUGGACACGUACAAGACGGGGAAGAUCCCGGACAAGGAUAUAUUGGAUUUGAUAAAGGAGAAUUUCGACUUCAGGCCAGGAAUGAUUGCUAUUAAUCUCGACCUGAAAAGAGGUGGCAACUUCAGGUUCCAGAAGACUGCUGCUUAUGGCCAUUUUGGUCGUGAUGACCCAGACUUCACUUGGGAGACUGUUAAGCUCCUCAAGAAGGCUUAAGUCGGUGGGGAGCCGGACAUUUCCUCUGCAGACGCCUUUAUACAACCCAUCACUUUGGUUGGGGAGAAAAAUAAAAAAGCUUCAAUGCAUACAUCUCAUAUUGAGGUUUACUUUUGGGACCCACGUAUAAGGUGGGACCACAGGAUGUGUGCGUAUAUUUUAGGAGAUAAGUAUUCACUGAAUGUCAAGCGCCAUUUUUGUUGUUUCUUUUUAGGGUUCCUAUUUCUAUCAAUUAAUGGGACUCUGUUAUUACAAUUUUCAAAAUAUGAAUUGCUUUAUUUGAAAUGAAUGAUCGUGAAUAUUA